UCGUAUUUUUGCGCAAGGUCAUGAUAUCCUGUUUCCGCGUGAGCCGUCGCCCGGGCGCGACCUCGCCGUCCAAGGUCGCGGGCAACCAUUCGGGGUUUUCCGUGUGUCGCCUGAAGGAUUAUGUGGGUGGCGCGGAGGCUGUUGGGCCACCCCGAGUUGGAGCCGGCAGUGGUGUGAGCGGAGUGCAGGCGGGCGAUGCACCGUCCGCAGGAGUCAAGUGCACGGCCGGGCCGCGCCGCCGCGCACUGCGCGAUGCACCGCCCCCGGCGACAUGCGCUCCGCUGUCGGUCAAUAGCCACUAUCAAAUACCAUUCCGGUACAAGUUGCACAAUAGCGGAUUAAAUUGCAUGAUUCGAUAUUGUUUAAACCUUUCGUCACUAUUUCUUAUAAGUUUAAAUCAAUAGAAGUAAUAAAGUUUGUGAUAUAAAUUUUAUUGUUAUUUAUUUUAAUUUAUAUAAGGCCACUCGAAGAUAUAAUAUAUUAAAGAC